AUGUUUCGCUCGUCCGGUCUCUUCGCGGAUGUGAGGUGUCCCUCCCCGGGUCUCGGGCUCUGUGAGCGGCCUCACUGCUUCUACAAACAUGGCUCUCGGCAGCGGAACGUCUCCACUGUCCCCGCCGCCUCCUCUCAACCCUCAGCGGGCCCCUCAAAUUGCUACCCGUCAUUCGUCUGUGGAUCCCCAGCGAGCGAUGACACCACAGACGACAGUCUCCAAGAGCUGGAGCGUAUCAACAAGGAGAUCGAAGCUGUGAGGCACGAGGUGGAGCAGGAGCAAAGACGACUGUCCCACUACCAGACCAUACAGUCAGACAGCAGAAACUCUGUGUCCAAGUCUGAGACUACAGGUAAACGACUGGACAGACGUUCUCUGUCAUCACACUCUGACUUCAAAAAGACAUACUCGCGGAUAAGGAAGUACGUGGUUGACAACUCAAAACCAAGGACUGACUUGGAGUAUGACCCCCUGUCCAACUUUUCAGCUGACUUGCGGUCUUACAGCUCGUCAAGUAAGGAGCAGAAAGUGAAAAAUGCACAAGUUAUUAACAGAGAGAGAGAAACUGUGCUGUGUGACCAAAAGAAGCCGGUCGCUAAGGCUCCGUUUUCUCAAACGCCAUCUCCAGGGUUACUCGAGGACCCGAUUGAAGACAGUGUCCUGAUUAUUGACAUUCCUCCCUCACCUGACCAAGCAAGAGGCCAAUCUCAGAAACUUGACUGUGUUGCUGGCAGUGCCCAGGGUACAGUCAAACAACUGAAGGAAAAGGUUCCCAUUGCACUUGAUCUCCAGGUCACAUCUCCACGUGCAACAAGGCUAGAAUCACUUAUAGUUGAUAAUUGCAGUGUGGAAAACGUACCAGUUGAUGGGAGUGUAAUUGACCUAACUGGAUGUUUAGAAGAACUGGAAAAUGAAUGUCAGAAAAUCUCUUGUCAGGCUGCUGAAACCGAAGGCGACGACAUUCCUGAGCCUUUAAGUCCUCCUGCCUCCUCACAUCAACAAUAUCAGAGUUAUGACAAUCUGGGCAUUGCAGAGGAAGAAAAUGUGCCUCUGUGUGAGGUAUCCUGUAGUGUUGAGGCAAUUAAUCCACUGCAGUCACAUUAUUUUCAGACGAAGCAUUCGCCUUCAUCUACAGCUCCGGCUGCAAACUCAGGGUCACCAUGCAGGAAACGCACUACCCAGACAAAAGAGGUGUAUGUUCACAACCACCUGUCUCCCAAGCGAAGUUCCCCACCACUUGUUUCAGGAAGCCAGGAAACGUCAGACAGAAUACCAGGACAGAUUCAGGGGGGUUCUCUCAUUAACCAGGCGUCAGCUGUAAUAUACCAGGAGCAAGCAGAACCAGCUUCAGGCAGCAACCAGUGUCAAAAUCAGAACUCUUCAUCAACAUCGAUCAACUCGCGUUUGAUGAACAGAGGUGAUUCAACAUUUGAAACCACUGAGGAGCUUCUGGUCAAGGGAGGUCAUGAAGAGGUUAUAAUAAUCUCCAGCUCCGAGGAUGAGCAAGAGCUCAACUAUUCAGAUAUGGAGCUGUCGGAGAGUGACCCAAUGGAAGAAUGCUACAGGAUCUUCAUGGAGGCAAAUAAUGAGGAUAAAGGAAAUAAAGAGCAACCUGAUGUGUCUGUUGCAGCAAUGGAAGUGGAUACGGCGGAAUUGACCACCACACCGCAAACAUUACUAGGAAAGAAGAGGGUGGCACAUGAAGCCAAACAUGCAGAGCAGCCGCUGGCAAAGACCAGACCUCAAGCCAAGAUUUUGAUCCCUCUGCGUGAACCAGCAGCUUCAGGAUCUGGCUCCCAGUCCUCCAUCCCUACAAAGAUCCUGCCGGCACAGCAGAGAGCCUCCAUGGUGACUGCUUCAGUAAAGGGUGCUCAGGCUUUUGCUUCCUUCUUGUGUCAGAAGAAGCCAGAAACCCAGGCUACUGCUUGUCCUCCUCAGACCCCUGCAAACAUACAACCAGCCCCUGUGCAGAAUGCUUACUACCUACCUUUGGGAACUCCUGUGAUCCAAGUAGGAAGCAACUUGCACUUGAUCCUCCCAGAGGGCACCUUCCCUCUGUCUGUUACUUCAGGUUCCUGCCCAGUUUCUUCCGUGCUGACCCCGGUCACUCAAGUGCACAUGAGCACUAUGAAACAAACGUGCCAUAAAGCUGCAGUAACUCCUGUGCAAAGAUACCAUCCAACUGCACCUGUGCUCAUUCCUGCUCCGACGCGUAAAACGUCCUUGGCCUAUGCUACAGCACAUUUACAUCCUUCUGCCUCCACUACAUCUCAACCUACUGCUGCCGCCAAGCCAGUGCCUACGAAACGUAAACUGAAGCAGCAGAGCGGGGCCACCAAGGACAAAGUGCCCCAUGAUGUCAGACAGCGUUAUGUCACCAUGUUUACUGAGGAGUUCCUCAAAACUACAGCCAAUAUCAACGAGGCCUUUGAAAAAGCUGUUGCUGAAGAGGAGUCUGUGUACAACCGCAGCGCCAACAAACUCAAAUAUCUGAGUGUCGCUGUGAAUUCACUGAAGAGGCUGAAGAAAAAAAAUUGUGUCUCAUCUAAAGAUGAGAAUGAAGUCAACGGCCAAAGAUCGAAAGGCAACAUACCCUUCAACCUGGAGAUGUUUCAAGCAAAUGAUGAUGUGGCUUUGUACGAGAGUUUGAAGGAUUAUAUUUUGACCGAGGAAAGGCUGAUUGAGAGCAACUAUCCUGUCCAGCAUCCAGAGAGGGCCGGCUCUGCUGCUCUUUUUGCCGACAAUAAGAAAGGCAGCACAGACCCCUUGAAGAGAAUCUGCUGUCGAUGUGGGGCCACGUACGCUGUUUGCUUAACAGGCAAACACAUCCGCAAGGAGGAGUGCAACUACCACUAUGGGAAAGUAGUAAGGAACAAAGUGCCUGGUGGAGUGGAAACCCGCUACAGUUGCUGCCAAGGAGUGAUGGGAGCACCUGGAUGUCAGGUGUUUAAGUUGCAUGUCCAUGAUGCAAUCUCCAUGGAUGGGUUUGUGUCUACCAAGCCGAGACAUCCCAUGCAUAUGAGCUGUCCUGGAGUCUACUCCUUGAAUUGUGAAAUGUGUUACACUGUUCAUGGUCUGGAGCUGUCCAGAGUGACGGUGGUCAACUCUAGUUUGCAAGUCAUCUACGACACUUUCGUCAGACCUGAUCACGAGGUCAUUGAUUACAACACCAGAUUUUCAGGCAUCGGUGAUGAAGACGUGAAGAGUAACUACACGUCCGUCCGAGAGGUGCAGGAGACGUUACAGAGCUUCAUUAGUGCUGACACCAUUCUGAUUGGACACGGCCUGGAAGCAGAUCUCUGUGGCCUGAAGUUGCUCCAUGGGACAGUGGUGGACACAUCGCUGGUCUUCCCCCACCGUCUGGGCCCCCCCCACAAGCUCACCCUCAACAAACUGACAGCUGAAUACCUGCGACGGAUCAUCCAAGAGAGCGUUUGUGGCCACGACACCGGCGACGACGCUGCCGCCUGCAUGGAGCUCAUGUUAUGGAAGCUCAAAGAAAGUGGAAAACUGAAAAAGUGAUGGAAAUAAAACAAGAAUGUAUCUCUACACUGUUCAGACAUGAAAAGACAGGAGCUGCAGUGCCGACCUACGUGUGAGGUUCUGUCAUCUCUGAAGGGCUGUGUAUUUAUUUAGUUGUUUUUUUAGUUUGAUUAUAUCACAUGAUCUAUGUUCAUAACAGUAUCCUGGAAGUCAAAGUCGGAAUUUCCGCCCAUGUGUGAUAUAAAUAUUUUUGAUGAUGCUGUAGUGUGCCGAGAAGACCUGAAGCACUGGGGUCAUUUGUAAUAAUAUCUAAGUAAAGGCA